CCUGAGGAUGCAUCGCCCCUUGACCUGGCCACCAUCUCAGGGGUGCCAGGAACCUGCCUCGCCAUCCCCGUGCUGCCCUGCCAGGCUCUGGACCUGACACCCCUGUGCCCUCCUCCGGCGGGAUGGCCCAGGCGGGGGGACCUGUCCGCUUCCACCCUGAGGAGGGCUGCGCUGCCUCAUCCCCGCCGUUUGUCCGCGGGGUGGACCGGAGGCCCUGGCUGGUGGGGGGGAGCCCCGAGGCUGGGAGAUGCAGCCCCCCACGCUGCCUCACCCCCAACCUCAACGCUGGCCGCCUCCACCUCCUGCGCAAGGGCCUGGCCCCCGAUGUCCGCCGCUGUCCCCUCGGCCUCUACAACAGCACCGGCUCCUUGGCCCGCAAGCCAGCAGAGGCGGCUGCCUUCAUCAACGGGAGCUGCUUGGGCGCGGGGCGGCUGACGGCCCCCUGCACGCCGCGGCGGGGCAGGCCCAGCCCAGCGCUCUCCUCCCCGGGCAGCUGCAGCCCGCUGGUGGCCGCAGCCCCGGAGGGACACAGCUCUGUUGUCACCUUCCGCUUCAUCGAGAAGGCCAGCGUGCGGACCCUGGGUGGCCUGCCGUCCCCCCAGCCCUGCCGGGACAACGGCCCCCACAGCCUCAGCCGCAGCCUGGAGCUUGGCAGGGAUGUGGAGUCCCCCCAGUCCCUACCCCUGCCCCAGCAGCGGCUCCUGCACACGCUGAAGCUGGAGGCCUCUGCAUCCGACCCACUCCUGGCCAGAGGCAGGACCUUGGGGGGGACGCAACCCUGUGGGAAGGAGCCCUGCACCCUUGGCACCGGCUGCCUCUGCCACUCCCUCACCAACGGGCUGCCAGAGGACUUCCCCACCUUCACCAGGAGCCCCCUGAAGCCGGAGCCCCGACCCCAGGACAGUGCAUGGCCGUACCCCCGGCAGAGCUCGGCCCGUGCCCAGCGCAUCGCCAGGGCCAAGUGGGAAUUCUUCUAUGGCUCCUUGGAUGCCCCAAAGACAGGCUCCUCUGCCCCUGACUCCACUCCUCUGCCCGAGCCCCCCCAGAAGCCCGUGCAUCCGCUGCCUGCUGAGCUGCCAGGGUCGGUGCCAGAGCACAGCCUGAACCAUGUGGAGGUGGAGAUAGAGAUGUCUCCUCCGGGUGACCAGAAGCCUGGCUCCUGUGAGACUGGGAUUAUAAGGAGGACGGUGAAGUACUCCGAGACAGACCUGGACACUGUGCCGCUGAGGUGCUAUCGCGAAACCAACAUCGACGAUAUCCUGGCUGAGAAGGAGGAGGUGGAUUCGGCGAUUGAGAGCCAGAAGGACAGUGAGAGCAACCCAAGCUUCGAGGGCACCCCAGGAAGGAGGAACAGCACCCCGGAGGAGCCCCCUGCCCCGGGCACUGGCUGCCUGAAGGACAGGCUGCGGGACAUGGAGGUUAAUGAGGACGAUGAGGUGUUUGAGACGACGAGGAAGGAGAACAGGGAAAGGAUCAUGGACCGAGAAACACAGGGUAUGCUCAAGUCUCCAGUGCCCUUUCUCCUAGGGCACAGCCUCUCCAAGGAUGGCAUGGACUCUUUCAGCAAGCAUUUUGAAAGCAUCAUGGAAUCCCAUCGAGCCAAAGGCACAUCUUACACCAGCCUGGACUCCAUUGACAUCCUCUCCUCCCCAGCCUGUACCCAUGGGACCUUUUUCACUUUUGACCUCCCAACCCUCACCCCAGAAAUACAGGGACAGAUCAGAGACAGCGCCAAGCUGAUCGAGCAGAACUUUGCUCCUCUGGCUCACUUGGAGCCAGACUCUGGGACCAGUUCAGCCACAGAUGCCCCCUGGACGGAGAGGGAGGAGCGGGGGAGACGAAGGAAGGGUGCUCACCACAGCCCUUGCCACUCAGAGGACAGCUUUGGUACUCCCUUGGCCUCCAACAUGAGCGACCACCCCCUGAGCCAGCUCGUUUCAGAUUCGGACUCGGAGAUGGACAGUGUGGAGCAGCUGGCCCUGGGCAGCACAGACACCCUCUCCAACGGGCACAAGGCUGACCUGGAGGCUGCCAAACGCCUGGCCAAGAGGCUCUACAACCUGGAUGGCUUUAAAAAAGCAGAUGUGGCCCGUCACUUGGGGAAGAACAACGAGUUCAGCAAGAUGGUGGCGGGGGAAUAUCUGAAGUUCUUUGUGUUCACGGGAAUGAGCCUGGACCAGGCUCUCAGGUCCUUUCUGAAGGAGCUGGCCCUGAUGGGAGAGACGCAAGAGCGAGAGCGAGUGCUGGCUCAUUUUUCCCAGCGCUAUUACGAGUGUAAUCCCAAUGCCAUCUCUUCAGAGGACGGUGCCCACACCCUCACCUGCGCCCUGAUGCUGCUAAACACAGAUCUGCAUGGACACAACAUUGGGAAGAGAAUGUCCUGCUCCGACUUCAUUGGCAACUUGGAGGGGCUCAACGGAGGCACUGACUUCCCCAAGGAGCUGCUCAAGGCACUGUACGGCUCCAUCAAGAAUGAGAAGCUACAGUGGGCCAUAGAUGAGGAGGAGCUGAGAAAGUCCCUCUCAGAGCUGGCAGACCCCAACCCUAAGUCCAUCAAGCGCAUCAGCAGCUGCAGUAACCCCUUUCUGGACUUCUCCCAGGACUCCAGCAUCACCACCUACAAGCAUGGACUGUUAGUGCGCAAGAUCCACGCUGAUCCUGACUGCAAGAAAACGCCCCGAGGGAAGCGCGGCUGGAAGCCCUUCCAUGCUAUCCUGAAGGGGAUGAUUCUCUACCUGCAGAAGGAGGAGUAUAAGCCAGGGAAAGCACUGGUGGAAGAGGAGCUGAAGAACGCUAUUAGCAUCCACCAUUCGCUUGCCACGCGAGCAUCUGACUACAGCAAGCGACCCAAUGUCUUCUACCUCAGGACAGCUGACUGGAGGGUCUUCCUCUUCCAAGCACAGAACCCUGAACAGAUGCACUCGUGGAUCACGCGCAUCAAUGUGGUGGCAGCCAUGUUCUCUGCACCCCCUUUCCCCGCGGCCAUCGGCUCCCAGAAGAAGUUCAGCCGCCCGCUGCUACCCAGCUCCUGCACCAGGCUGUCCCAGGAGGAGCAGGUAAAAAGCCACGAGACCAAGUUCAAGACAAUGUCAGCAGAGCUGCUGGAGCAUCGCUCCUCGCUGCCUGAGAAGAAGGUGAAGGGCAAGGAGUAUGAGGAGCUGAAGCAGAAGGAAGAGUACCUGGAGUUUGAGAAAUCCCGCUAUGGCACUUAUGCCAUGCUGCUGCGGGCCAAGCUGAAGGCGGGCUCCGAGGACCUGGCAGCGUUCGAGUCCACCCUCUUUGACACAGCAGGGGGGGAGGACGAUGGCCUGAAAAAAUCCCGCUCCAGCCCCUCGCUCAGUGCGGAGCCCUCUGGCACAGGCACCAAGGUGAAGCGCAACGUCGUGGAGCGCACCGGCCGCCAGCCCCCCAGCCACCCCCAGAAGUCGUAAGCAAGGGGCAUCAGCUGCCUGCACUGCAGCUCCGUUCCUGCCCCCCGGUGCCAGGAUGGAGGCCAUGGUCCUGCCAAGGCCCUGCAUGAGUCCGUUCAUCUGUGGCACGAGCUGGGGGUGGGUGUGGGGGGGUGACAGCCCUUCCUCGGCCACCAGCACCAGCCAGGCAGGGCCGUGGCCCCUCUGCCGGAGAUGGUGGCAGAGCAGGACCGUCCCUGGUCCUUGCCCAUGGGAGCUGCUCGCACCAUCCGCCCCAUCAGACUCGUUCCUGCCCCUUGUCCUGUGCUUGGCUGCAGGACCCAGUCCCGCCCCGCCCUGGGGGUGGGAAACAACUGAAACCCACCCACUGAGCUUAAGUCUUCAGUGGGUAUAAAGAAAAAAGACAAACCCACAGCAAAACAAAGCCAGCAGCUGCUUCUCCUCCAGCUCCAUUGUGCCAUGGGGGGCAGACAGGAGGGGGCCAGCCCUGGCCUGUCCCCUCUCCCCUCUCCUCAGGCUGGUGGCCGGGGAGCCAGGGCGAUGGCACCUGCCCUCCUCCCUGCCACCUCUGCACCCUCCCUGCUUUCUUACAACUUUUGAACGGUUUUUGUGAUAGUUUUGCACUUUUUAGUACCAGAUCGAGCUGAGCACCAGGGAGGGGUUUUUUUGGGGGGCUACUUUUGAUGCUUUUUUGGGAACUGUUUAAAAAAAAAAAAGCAACAAAAAAAAAACCACCACACCACCCACAAAAACAAAACCAGAAACCCAGCCAUGUCCUGUAGGCACUGCGCUCUGUGGGGGCAGGCCACAAGGUUUUUACACAGACUCAGGGGGAGACCAAGCUGCAGCAAGCUGAGCAUGGGCUCCUGCCUGUGCCCCAGCCCUGCUCCGGCACCAGCAACCAGCGAGACGCAGCGAGAGCGCGAUGGCCCUGCAGCCACCGGCACCGGCAGGCACCCUUGGGCUGGCAGCACCCAUUGCUGCUCUCGUGGCUGCAUGGGUGGGUGGAUGGGCUGGUGCUUCACGACGCACCCCACACCCCCACCCCAGCAGCCUGGACUGGCCCCGUUUGUGCUGCCCAGGUGUGAGCAUCACACCCGGGCUGUGCGGGAUAGCAGUGGGUAAGUGGUCCUGGCAGUGGAAGGUGAACCACCGCACCAGGGUUGACUUGGGGCUUCCUGCUGCUCUGUGGGGUCAGCACAGCCUGGAGCUGGCGUUCCUUCCCAUGCUGCUUCUCCAAAGCAUGGCUGAGGCCUCGGCGCCUGCUGGCAGAGGCUUAGCUGCAGCGCUGUCAGGUCCUUAUGCUGCAGCAGCGGCGGUACAACCCCUUCCGUGGCCACGCGCUCCCUCCUCUCCAAGGCGAGGGGCAGGCUGGGGCAGCCCCCAGCACGCUGGGCUGGGCUGGAGGAUGCUCGUCUGGAGCGAGGUGCCGGUGGUGGAGCAUGGCUGCAGGAGCAGACAGGGGGGG